CCUCCACAUCGCUUACGAUGACAAGGACUUCGAGCGACUCAAGUCCAAACUAGAAUCUGACCAGCGGGUUCGGUUGCCAACAGGCGUGAAUCCACUUCUUCCAUUCAAGAUACUUGUCUGGACUGGUCCAGAGUACAAGGAUCAAGGUUGUACGAUAAAUUCAAGUAUCGAGCUGAAUCUGGCACCUUCAGGUCUGUUGUUAACCAUAGCCAUAUUCUAGUCCAACAUUGACAGGUUCCAGGCUCGUGUGGUACUCCAACAGUUGGUGCCCUUAUCAGAAAUCUGAUCCUGGUGGGCUUGAAAACAUCCGGUGGUCAGCAGAUGACAUUUAAGAGUCUGAACAUACGGUAUUUGAUGGCUUCCAUGCUAGCUUACUGCAAGGCUCUUGACCUCUUAUGGGAUCCCAGGAAGGACAUCCUGUACCUCUGCAAGAGCGAUACUGUGGAGGUGCAACGAAUUCGCUCACAGCUCAACACUCAAGAAGUAAAAGAGCUGUUUCUAGGCACCUCAUUCUUUUCUCGACUACCUACAGAGGACCAACGCCUGUGUUAUCGAACACUUCUAGACACCGAACCGCCACCGAUCAUGGCUAUAACGCCGCCAGCACCGCAGAUCCCGAAACCCGUCCGCCAGGAACUGCGAGUGUCAGAGAAAGACAGUGAUACAAAGGCCCCUCGCUCACGAUACAGAAACGCCAGCGGACAGAGAAGUAGCAGCAGUGGCAAAUCGGAUCAUCAAGCAACUCAAAUCGAACGACUACAAUCGAUGGAUCACCUCCAGGACCUGAGACGAUUGCCUCACAUAGAGGGAAUUCAGUGUGUGAAUUUUGCAAAGCCUCAAUCAGUCUCAGCGGUGGCUGCUACCAGAAGAGCACGCAAGUCCAUGCCGAAUCUGAUGGCUGCUCACAACACAGCACCUGUUUCACACGUUAGCGCUCAAGAUGCCAGAAAGACUACAAACGAGCUACAGCAGCAUCACGAAAUGCCUCAUGUCACUCAUGCGCCAAGCCAACCAUCUUCGACCAGCUCACAACAAGCCCACACGAGCUCGCAACUUAAGUAUGGAGGCGGUUUCAAGCCUGAAUGCAUCAGAGCAAAAAAUGACACCCAAGAUACCAAUGAAGGUUUUUCGCUGGGUCAGAGGACUCUUACAAAUCGUACAGAUUCUACCAGAACAGACUCGACAGGAACGCCAAUCCAGGGGAUACAAUCUCAGAAGGGAAGUCUCCAUGUUGUGCGUCCUCAAGGAGAGGAAGUACCUUGCCAGCAGUACUUUCAAGGAGAGAGUGCCCCGCCGCGUGGAAGGCUCCAUUUGGUCGGCCCUGAAGGAAUACAUGGCGGCCUUGAGAAGCCUCAACAUACCAUACAGCCGCAAGCUCAACAUCAGAGACACCACCAGUAUGCUCCUCCGCCCCAAACAGAAGCAGCUUUUGUCUUCGAGCUUGACGCGACGGCACCAUCACAACCUGCUUUCACCGCCGAACUACCAGCCAAUUCCAUCGUGCCAUCACCUGUAGAGCAACGCACAUCUCAAGAUCAUGCGGCUUCGAAUGGCCAGGCUGCUAUCAGACCGCCUAACCCGCGCACAAUGUCCGCACCUCUCGGGCUCGAAUCACUUCCGGCCAGUCUAGUGGCUGGCGGACCAGGCAUACAUGUCCAUCGUCAGUCACUUAGCCAUCCUGAGACCUCAUAUGAGCCAAUGCUCGAUUUCUCUACACGUCAAACGAACGCUUACAGGUACUCUUCCUACGCAUUUCCGCAAUCUACGAACUCCGAUAGUCUGCAUGCCUCGUCAGAAGAGGCUACCGCAUCAACGUACAAAGCGUACCGUCCAUUUGUAGUAACAGACGAGCUCAGCAGAACUGACUCUGUGAGUUCCGUGUAUGGGCCAGGACACAAACGCAAUACGUCAAACGAUUCGACCGCGUCGCAUGACUCGAGUAAGCUUGCAAAAGAGUACCAGGGACUGCUGAACUUUGAGGAGGGUUACGGAAGCGAUUGAGGGCUCUUCUGAGGUGGAUCCUGUAUCGCAGAGUUGAGUCCUGGUCCAUCUAGUAAAAGGUCACCCCAGACGGGAUUUAAUCAUGAAAACUGAAUCGUCGAAAGCUACAAGUGAGAAAAGCGUAGAAAGACCGAAACCGAGAACGGCAUGCAGCACAUGCACGUUGCUGACCACUAGCGAGCUGCUCCUUCCAUACCCAUGCCUACGCCUGCCAAAUCAACAUGAAUUAACAAUUGAUACACAUCCAAUUCUUAUCUCCUCCGAGCAUCUGUCCAUUGUGCAAACACCGCAACCUUGCUAUCAAGACGUGGUCUGC